AUGGCAUUAAACCACACUUCUGUGCCCCAGGAUGAGGGCCUGCCACACUACCUGCGAGACGAGGAUCCCUUUGCUUCUAAGCUUUCCUGGGAAGCGGAUAUAGUGGCUGGCUUUUACCUGACUAUAAUCGGGAUUCUGUCCACAGUUGGAAAUGGAUAUGUCCUUUAUAUGUCUUCUAGACGAAAGAAAAAGCUUAGACCUGCUGAGAUAAUGACGAUCAAUUUAGCCGUCUGCGAUCUGGGGAUUUCAGUUGUAGGCAAGCCGUUCACCAUCAUCUCUUGUUUCUGUCACCGCUGGGUGUUUGGCUGGAUUGGCUGUCGCUGGUAUGGGUGGGCUGGAUUUUUCUUUGGCUGUGGAAGUCUCAUCACCAUGACUGCUGUUAGUCUGGAUCGAUACCUGAAAAUCUGCUAUCUCUCUUAUGGGGUCUGGCUGAAGCGGAAGCAUGCCUACAUCUGCCUGGCGGUCAUCUGGGCCUACGCUUCCUUCUGGACCACCAUGCCGCUGGUGGGCCUCGGGGACUACGCGCCCGAGCCCUUCGGCACCUCGUGCACGCUGGACUGGUGGCUGGCGCAGACCUCGCUGGGCGGCCAGGUGUUCAUCCUCAACAUCCUCUUCUUCUGCCUCCUGCUCCCCACGGCUGUCAUCGUGUUCUCCUACGCCAAGAUCAUCGCCAAGGUCAAGUCCUCCUCCAAGGAGGUGGCUCACUUCGACAGCCGGGUCCACGGUAGCCACGUGCUGGAGAUGAAGCUGACCAAGGUGGCCAUGCUGAUCUGUGCUGGCUUCCUGAUCGCCUGGAUCCCGUACGCCGUGGUGUCCGUGUGGUCGGCCUUCGGAAGGCCCGACUCCAUCCCCAUCCAGCUGUCCGUGGUGCCAGCCCUGCUGGCCAAGUCGGCCGCCAUGUACAACCCCAUCAUCUACCAGAUCAUCGACUACAGGUUUGCCUGCUGCCAAAACAGUCGUUUGAAAGCGACCAAGAAGAAAUCUUUGGAAGACUUUAGGCUGCAUACCUUGACCACAGACAGGAAGUCUGCUGUGCUGGAGAUCCAUCAAGAGGUAUGA